GCGCGCAAUACACGCACCGCUCGUGUGUGCAAGCCCACCACUACCACCACAACCGCGGUAGUUGUUGUAGUAGUAGUAGUAGCAGUAGUAGUAGUAGUAGUAGUGACGACGACCGCCGUCGCGAACAGUACUACAGUCUCAUCCGCACCGUCGCCGGUAGUGAACGUGGUGCGCGUGUCUGUUUCCGUUAUAUCGUUGAAUGUAAAAUUUCGUUGACAUUUUUAUAAUUUUUUUUUUUUUUUCGUUUUCCGAUUUCGAUCUAUACGCGAGAUCGCGAGUGUUUCUUACGAUAAAUUAAAUAUCAUAUCGUCUGUGCCUCGAGUUUUUUUUUUUUUAAUUUUCGCCGGGACGGUCCCAGUCGAUUAUAAAAUAGACAACCCGUCGUCAUCGCGUUUGAUAUUUUGAUUUGAUCUUAGCCGUCGGGAAACGAGGUACCGUGGGAAUUUCCCGGUUUUUCCACCGACGGGACAAGGAUUGUUACGUUUUAAUAUAAUUUUUUUGAACAUCUCAUCGUGUGUGCGUGCGCGUUGGCGACACGCCGAGUGACCGUCGAAAACGACCGGUGGGAUUACGCGGACUAAAAUUACGUUGCCGCCGGGUGCCGCCGAAAUGGUGAACCCGAGCACGGAAUCCAUACUGAACCAGAUGACCAACCUGGCCAUGGACAUCGCCCUGGACUAUGUGUUGCCCGCUUCGCCGAUGAGCGACGUGUGCAAGAGCGACUUGUUCGAGUUCGAACGGGACGUGGUGGUCGCGGCCGUCAGCGGCGGAGCGACUGCCGACGGUCUGCUGAGCAGCUUAGUGGCCGGUACCGCGGGUACGGCCGGAGGCUGCUGCGGUCGGCCGCCCACAGAUUUGUGCAAGAAGAACAGUUAUAUGGGCGCAGCGGGAUGCGACUCGUGCGACGCGUGCCUGGCCAGAAACGCCGCGGCCACCGCAGCCGCUGACCUCUACUCACCGAGCACCUGUACCACCACCACCACCACCACCACAACCGGUGGCUUAACGGCGUCACCGUCGUCGUCGAGCGCCCCGUCCACGACGUCGUCCGCGUCGUCCACACCGUCGCAACAGCAGACCGCCGAGACGACGAUGGACAUCAGUUGGUGUCAGUUCGACGGUUGCGAAUUCGACACGGCCGACAAUAGUUACCUGGACAUUUGCGAUUGGAUAUUCUACGCCGACCGGUACGCGCUCACUGACGAGAAUCGCGAAAAAGUGCAGAAAGCGUUCCAGAUGGUGCCCCCCGGCGAAGUGACCGGUUACGUGGCCGAACCCCCCAAGCACGUGAAGAGAACCAACAACCCGGCCGCCGGGCGUUCGCCGACCGGUGCAACGACGUUGCCGGUCGACGACGACCCGUCUCUGGCUGCGGUGGCCGCUGCAGCGAUCGUUGGCGGCGUGACCGUCAAGUCGGAACCGGACGACGACUACUUGUGGACCAGCGAUAACCACUUGCUACCGAUCAUCCUCAAGGCGGAACCGAACGCCGACAUACUGCAGAUCACCGAACUGGACCACAGUUACCUGCAGACGCCCACCAGCCACGGCGGCUGCGGCUCGACCAGUUCGUCGACGGCCGUGUCGCCCGCUAAACACCAUCCCAACCACUUGGUGGACAUGCUGGGGCUCGUCACUCCGCCGCCGUCCCGUUCGCAGUCUUCCGAAGAAGAAGAGAUCGACGUUGUCAAUGACAGCUGGGACACACCGGACACGCCACGCAAGGGCGCCACCAUGGCGGACAUAAUGAAACGCGGCAUCGUCAAGAAGCGCGAACCGCUGACCAAGUGGAAGAACACGGUCAAACGGAAGCACAAGACCGCCGGGCAGUCGGCCACCGCGGCCGCCGUGGCCGCAGCGUACCCGAUGCCCCCGCCUCCGCCCAAGAAAAUGUGUGGUGGACUAUCGCUAUUGGACCGAUACAAAAAGGACACUAACUGGAAGGGCGCCGUCAUCAAGGACGAACCCGUCAUCAAGGACGAACCCUUGGACGACGACGCCGGUUCGUCAGCCGACGACGACCGCAGCGACGACGAGUACGACAACCGACAGCGACACCGACGAAAACAGCGUCAACAACAACAGAAACAGCAACAACAAAACGCGCUGGCGAUGACCAUCAAGCCAGAACCGUUGGACGAGGACGAAGACCGCAGAGUCGACGACGAAGACGAAGACGACGAUUACGACAUGGACGCGGACUUCGAGUCGCUAAUGAAGAACGAACCGGACGACAUAUUCGAUGACGAUUACGACGACUACGACGACGACCACGACAUGGAUUGGGACAAAGUGUUGCGUGGCACGUCCACGUCGAGCGGCGGCCGCGGCGGCAAGUCUUCCGGUGGCUCGUCGUCGUGCAGCUCGUCGUCCACGACCACGGGCGGCGGUCGCAAAAAGAAGAAGAAGAAGAAAAAGAAAACGUCGGCGUCGUCCGGCUCGGCAAAAUCGUCGGCCAAGCUGCAUCACCAACACCAGCAGUCCGGCGGCGGCGGCGCCGGCAAGAAGAUCAAGUACGAGAACGUCAACGGCGGUUACAGCUACAAGACCAAGCUCAUGGAUCCCGUCAAGCGGGCGCUGCACAACGACCUGGAGAAGUCGCGGCGCGUGGAGACCAGCAUGCUGUUCAUGAACCUCAGCAUGCAGGUGUCGUUCCUGGACGACAACCGCAAGAUACCGUCCAAGCUGAGCAUACUGCGCGGCGCCAAGCGGGAGUGCGACCUCAUGAUGCUCGACGAGCGGCGUCUGCUGUCCGAGAAGCACGUCAUGCAGCAGAAACAGCGCAUGCUCCGCGAGCGGCUGUUCGAGCUCCGGCGCGAGCACUACCACCGGCGGUACGGCAAACCGAAACAAACAUCAUCAUCAUCAUCAUCAUCCAAUCAUUCACACAACCAACAACAUCAACAGCAAUAGUCGUCGUGGUGAGAACCAAUCUUGUAAUGAUAUUAUUAUUAUUAUUAUUAUUAUUUUUAUAACAUUUUCUCAUCCCCCGCACACGACACUCGCGCACACACAUACACACGCGCUCGCGUGACGUACCCCACACUCGUUCGUCCUGGGCGUCGUUUUAUUUAAUUAUUAAUAUUAUUACAUUUUUUUUUUUUUUAAUUUUAAUUUCGAAGAACAGUUGCUCAAAUAUAUUUAAACAUAUAUUAAUUUAUUAUUAUUUUUAUCAAUAAUUAUUAUCGAUACGUAUUGUAUAUGUAUGUAGAGGUAGUUAAGUAGUUAGACGUGUGUAUGUGUGUACGUGUGUACUGGUGUUACAAUAUUAUGUUUAUGUACAUAUAGUUUGGAUAUACGCAUAUUAUUAUUAUAUUAUGAUAAUUCGUCCAAGACGAGCGAGUGUCCGUGUUUGUUAUUGAGGUUUUUUUAUUUAUUAUUUUCUUAUUUUUCCGAAAUCCACUGAAGUACAUUUUUUCCGUUUCAAAUCAUGGAAAACAGCAAAUAUACUGUUUUAUUUUUUUACAAUCGGUAAACAGCCGACUUAUAUAGUCGGGAGCAGGUCUUACAAUAAACUAUUGUUUAUAUAUAUAUAAAAAAAAAAUGCGUCUAAAAUAUUUAAUAUUUCGUAAUAUAUUAGACACUUUUUUUUUAAUUUAACUUUUCUACUAUCGCCCUUUCCCUUGCUCCCGUGGCACUAUGUAGUUAUAGAUAUUCUUGUAAAUACGAAUAAUCAACAUUUUAAUUUACUAUAUAUAUAUAAAUAAAUAUAUAAAUUUUAUUAUAAUAAUCGUGUAACACUUAGGAUAUUUGGUUUUUUUUUCAAACGUAUAAGCCUACUGAAUAUAUUUUAAAAUCGUGAAAUACAAGUAAACAACGUUUAAACGAUAUGACAUGUUCCUAUUGUACAGUUUUUUUUUUUUUUAAAUAUAUAUAUAUAUAUAUAAAUGUCUAAUGAAAACUUUUAGUUGUAUAAUAUUUUUAACGUUAUCCAUAAACGUAGACGAUAAAAUACAUAAUUUUAAGUAUGAGUUUAUUGUUAAGUCUACGAGGAUAUUAUUACAUGAUGCUUCCCCUCCCCACACGUUUUUUUAAUGCACAGUACAAAAUAGAUUAAGUAAGAUCUUAAAAUGUUAUAGUUGGUAGUAUUGAUAAUUAUUUUUUUUCUGAUGUAGGUAUACUAUACUUGUUAGUUUUUUUUUUUGUUACGUUUUACCUGAUUUCGUUGCAUUUCCAAGUUGUGUUUGCGCAUUUUUCCUUUAUUAUUAUUAUUAUUAUUUUUAUUAUUAUUAUUAUUAUUAUUUCAUUUUUAAACAUUUCUUUUUUUUUGUUCACUAGACGGCACCUAAUUUAAAUGCACUUGUAAAAAUUAAAUAAAAUGUACGUAAAACA